GUUGAUGUUGGGACGUGCUAACUGUUCUUAGUGAAUGUGGGUUCAUUUCCUCCAUGUGUUUCAGGGAAUGGCUUCACACGGACGAGGCCGCUCCGCUGGUGGUUCGGCCCUGCACAGAGAGGAGCGUCGAGGGACGACAUCGUCGUCGACAAGGGAAACGAGUCGGGGAGUUGGAGGUGGGGAGGAAGAACGACGUGCUCAAAACUUGUGGUGCGACUACAGCAAACGCGUCUGGUAUUUGGACUGGGCGAGCCAGGACGGCUCCGACCCGUUGCAACCACCGUGCGGGCCGCUCUUGUUCGUCGCCGUUCGCGCCGACAGAACGCGUCUCGCAGGGUCCAUCGUUCAGUGGGUCGAUGAUGGCGAAUACGAUUUCAAGUUUACUUUGAAGAAGCAUUACAAAAGUGAUGGUUCUGUCGACGGCAUCGCAAAGGGAUGCAAGGUUGCCGGGAGGAUGUUCGGCGGGUACGACCGUGGUGCGAUGUCUUUGCCUCACUUUCUCCCACUAGCGCCGGGCCACGACGAGGCCGUUUAUGUCACAGACUUCCUCGAGGUCUGGGCGAAAUCUGGUACCUCUGUCAGUGCCGUAGACGUCGGACCUGGAACAUCGAUCAGUGGUCCUGUUGGGUUCGCGGGAGGAGAGUGCUCUGAAAGGGAGAUGGGAAGUCAGGGUGGCCUGCCAGCUGCGCCUCCUGAUCAAGAGGUGGGCAUGUCAGACGACUCGGAGGACGACCAUCCGCGUGCUCCUUUGAAACCGGGCUUGCAUGUAUCUCGCCGCCACGGUUUGCUUGGGGAGUCGACGCCACAUGGAGGCGGCGAUGGCGAACGGUUGCGACAGGGCUUAGAAUCGACGACUCCUCGUGGUCUGGUCGAAAGGAUCGGUUCGUUCGUUCGUGGCAUGCAAGUGGCCAAGGUUUCGGCUGGAGAUCGAGCGGGUGGACCGCAGGUUCGAGAGGUGCGUGGGUCAGAUGAGACGACUCGCCGGGCCCGACCAGCGCCGGGGGAACUUCAGACGGAGUUGAGCCAGGAACGAGAAGCAAGUGGGAACGUCGCCGGUGAGCAGGAGGUGUGCGAGCAGGGGCUGUUCCGUGAGAGAUCGGCUGAAAAGACUCAGUCGGGAGGCAAGCGCAACUUGCCGGAUGAGGAAGAGCGAGAGGGACUAGGUGCUCCGAAAAGGCAGAGAAAGGUAGGAGGGAGUGCUCGGACGCCAACAACACGAGAGGGCGGUUCCGUUGAGAAGAGGAAAAGGGUUGGAGGUGGGGAUGAAACGCCAAAAGACUCGUCGACACAGCGAAGAACCGGUGAGUCUUCCGGGAAAAGGGCAAAAUCAUCGAGGGGGAAGAAAGCAGACGAGGGCGAUAGCGGGGAGGGGGAUGACGACGUGGAGAUUAACCUCAACGCCUUUAACCUCGACAAUGCAUUCUUCCUCGAGAUGCAGACAGGGGUGCAGAAGGACGUCGUGUUGCACAUCCAUCCCGAAAGAAUAUAAGUUAUUCCAGACCGGGAAGACGCGUACAACCACCGAUCCU